AUGAGCCAUCACAGGCGCAGGCCGCACCCUCGAGAGGACUAUGGACGCGACACGUAUGAAACGCCAGACCAAAAGUUGAGGAAGAACAUCAUACACUUCGGCGAAGUGGAUCCUGAGCAGGAAAUACCUCGUCUGGCUACCCAAAUCUUUGACCACACACCUGCUAACGUUCCCGCCGUUACCGAGGGCUUCCGGAUAGGUGUCACGGAGCAGCCAUUCAAAAUCCCCUAUUAUGCUGCAUUAAUGCGUCUUCUACACGAUCGUCCAGUUGCCGACGCUGCUCCUGGGAGCCCGUCCCUUGGCAAGCAAGUGCUCGAUGACUUCUGGAAAGGCUUCCAGGCUUUCCUGGACAAGCAGGCAUGGAGGGAAACGCGGCUAUGUGUUCAAUUCUUCGCGCACUUAACUGUGGCGCGAGUGAUAUCCGUGCAGUCUAUGUAUGAGCUCCUGAAGUCAUUCACGGCGGUGUUGGAUGAGUUCGGUGUGUCUCAUGGGCGUGCUGCGAAGGCAGGACUCUGCGCUGCAGAAGGGCUGAUGAUUUCAGGACCUGUGGUUAAGCAAGAUGCUUCAUUAGACACCACAGAAAUCAUCACCGCGCUGCAGACUUACAUCGAGUCAACCAAUGAUGCGAAGACAUUGGUGCAGCCCGCAAUACAGCUCUUCACUGACACUCCUGUUUUGGAGCAUGCGGAAGAGUGGCUUGAUUGUGCGCUUGCAGCCUUGAAAACGCUCAAUGGCUCUGAUUUUGCGCAGACCGCGGAUAGCUACCCACAACCGUAUAUGGUGUCACCACCUUGGACUGAGGAACCCUUCAACUUGCCUGGAGUUCUGGUGCCGCCAGAGGUCAUCGAGCUUGACGGGCUUACGACAGAGUCGGGCGAAGAUGCGCAGCCCAAAAAAGAGGAAUGGCCACAAGGCUACGUCCGUCUCUUUGAGAACGACGUCACUCCGGACCCCACGACGCCUGUCGGCUUUGCCAUCCGUUCAACCCUGCUCGACAUAGUCGAUAUAUUCGAGGUCAACCGCAAGGAUUGUGCGCGCCUCCUUCUGGAGUUCCCAAAGUGGACUCCACCAGGUACCUUCAAGCCCCGGCCCGGUGCGCCACCACAGUCCCCGAAAGAGGGCAAAGACUGGCAGCUUGAGAGCACUAUCCUCGAAACUAUUCUCGGCGCUACAUUCAUGCUCCCUGAAUCGACAUACAAAUCUAUCUACUACAUAGCUCUGAUCACCGAACUGUGCAAGUCCUCUCCUACUACUGUUGGCCCAGCCGUUGGCAAGUCCAUCCGCCGGCUAUAUGCGCUACUUGCCGACGGUUUGGAUGUGGAAGUAUCCCAUCGGUUUGCCGAAUGGUUUGCUGUCCACAUGAGUAACUUCGGAUUCCAAUGGGUAUGGAAAGAAUGGAUCCCCGACUUGACACUCGUCUCCCAACAUCCGAAGAGGACGUUCAUGCGCCGUGCCGUUGAGUUCGAAAUCCGACUCUCCUACCAUGACCGUAUCAUGCGCAUACUCCCCGAGCCGAUGAGGGAGGCGGACGCCCAUGUUAUAUCUGUUGAGGCCCCAGGUCCUGACUACAUUUACGACGACCCUACCAACCCACACCACGAGUCUGCCCAGGCGCUCCUCACUCUCAUCCGCGGCCGCGCGAAGCCCGACGAUGUCAUGGCGCACCUCGAGACGCUCCGCAACAGCCUGAUGGAGACGACAGCACAAGAUGCGAACACCAUCGUGCGCUCGCUCACCGUGCAGUCGCUGCUGCACAUCGGCUCGCGCUCGUUCUCGCACUUCCUCAACGCGAUCGAGCGCUACCUCCCGCUUCUCCGCAACCUCGCCGCGGGCCAGAUCUCGUCCGGGGGCAACGCGAGCGCGGAGGCGCGCACGGACAUCAUGAACACCGUCGCCGCGUUCUGGAAGAACAGCCGGCACAUGAUCCUCAUCGUGUUCGACAAGCUCAUGCAGUACCAGAUCGUCGACCCGACGGACGUCGUCGCGUGGACGUUCACGCAUUGGGCGGCUGUCCUCGAGGGCACGCCCAAGGCGACGUUCAAUGCGUUCCAGUGGGACUUGUUGAAGGCGGCGCUGGACAAGGCGAACGGUCGUGUGAUGGUGCAGAGGCGCAAGGUGGCGGUGCUGAGGAAGGAGGCUGACGACAAUGCUGCGAAGGCCAUUGCUGGCGAGAGCGCAGCGAUGGAGGUUGAUGCGGAAGCGAGGCCAGACGUUAUUCCUGUGGGAGAGUCUCCUCAGCUCACGUCUGCGAUCAAGGCGUUCACGGUCCUCACUCGUGAGCAGAAGUCUGCUCUCGCUCGGACGCUCGACGGCUUCGUCGACUGUCUCGCCGUCGAGACCGCCAGCGAGAAGGUGCGCGAGGUCAUCACUGAGCACGCCUGGCACAACCGCGCGAACUGGGAGGACGACGACUGGGAGAUCUGGGAAACCUGGGGCUGGUACCGCCACUGGGGCCGGACGUACUCCCCGUACCUGCGCAACUACAUGAACACCAUCGGCACGGUCGCGUUCGCAAAGGUUCCGAGCAAGGCGGACCCGGCGGUGGAACUGUUCCGGAAGACAUGGAACAUCGCCACGGGCCAGGAGGUGUGAGUGCCGUUCUACGCAGUCGUAGCCUACCCACCCCGUUCUACCUACCUUCCCGUCUACCGUACCCUUGCUACCUUCGCGCCCCUUCCUGUUCCCGCUUUUUCGUGUGCACGCGCUCGAUUCUAUAGUAAUCGUCGUUCUUCCCCCGCUAUGCAUGCCUGGAACCCGCUGCCCGUGCCGAAUGCAUCCCUGUGCCGAUACGUCGCCCGUAUGCGAUCAGGUGGACGCUGUUCCCGCUCGCGAUCGAGCUCGCAAUGCCCAC